AUGACCAAGACUGUUGAUGAAGCUAAGGUUCUUAUUGAGAAUCUUGCAGCUAGUGAUUGUAACAACUGUCCUGAUUAUGACCGCUCAAGCCGCACCACUACUAGCUCCCCUGAUUCUUUUCAAAUGACUGAACUCAAGAACAUGAUGGCUCAAGUUCUUAAGGGACAGCUCAAGCAUAUCAAUGCAAUAGAAGGGAUGAGUGAUGCUAAUGAAGAUUCAUCAAGAGAAUGCAUGGGAGAUUUCUCUAAUGAAGCCAAUGAAGAAGAUGUGAACUACAUUGGAAACUAUGGGAACAAGGGAUACAAUCCAAGCUAUCGCCCAAACCCCAACAUGUCUUAUAGAAACCCCAAUGUGGAGAAUCCUCAAGACCAAGUGUAUCCUCCAAGGUAUCCACAACAACAAAGACCUCCUUACCAAUCUCAAGGAAGUCAAUUUCAGCCAAGGCAAGGAUAUGAGCAGAGAUCAUCAUAUCCGCCCAAGGAGCCAUAUGCUUCUUCACCAAAUCAAGCUCCUCCAAACCAACAAGGUGGGAGAUUUGAAGGAAUCCUCCAACAGAUCAUGGAUGGCCAGAAGAGAAACACUAAAGAGAUGUAUGAGAAGAUGGACACUUUGUUCAGCAAUCUCAACACCAAGUAUGAUGCUGUUGCCACUCAUGUGAAGAAACUAGAGACUCAAGUCACUCAAACUAUGGAAGCUGUUAAGAGACAGGAAGCUGAAUCCAAGAAGUCCUUUUGCAACUCAGCCGCCAUAGAAGAAAGAUUUGAAGACCAAGUUCCAGAAUGGAUGCUUUCAAAACCUACUGUUGAUUGCAUGAUUUGGCCUGAAGAGAAUUACCCAGAGAGAGAGUCCAAUCGAGCUAGAAAGAGAAGACUCUUCCCAAAGAUUAUCCCCAAGACAGAUAACUCAGGAAAGUUUGUUGUGCCUUGUAUCAUCAAAGGUAACAUUCUUGAGCAAUCUUUGUGUGACACAGGAGCCAAUGUGAACAUCAUGUCUAAGAGGAUAGCUGACAAGAUAGGCCUCACCAAGAUAGAGCCAUCAUCCAUCUCCAUCAACUAUGCUGAUUCAUUCUCACAAACCCCUAUGGCUUUGUGCCUAAUGUGA